UUUUUUUUCUCCUCACUACUGUGAGUUGUCCGCCCCUUAGUCAAAGGUUUUGUUCCAGACAGAGAAAGAGAAAGAGGGUUUGUGUUUCAGCCUUGCUGAAAAUCCACACCCAUUUCAUUGCACUGUUUGAGAGGCAAAGUGUCAUACUUGUGCUUCAGCACCGGAGUUCAAUAACCUAUCGGUAAUACUUUAUAUACAGUGAAUUAUCUACUUAAAAGGCGGCUGAAAAGCAUCUGGGAAUCAAAAAGGAAGCAAGGAAAGUAGUUCUUGCGUGUGAAAAAAAAAAAAAAAAAAAAAUAGGAAGGUUUUAAACGAUUUUUUUGUGUGUGUGUUGACUGAAGACAGUUACUUAAGCAUGUCGCUUUCGGUACCUCACAACGGUGUAAAGGGAGACAAUGAACCCGUGAUCGAGCUUUUUGUAAAGGCUGGUAGCGAUGGAGAAAGCAUUGGAAACUGCCCCUUCUCACAAAGACUGUUCAUGAUUUUGUGGCUAAAAGGAGUGGUCUUUAACGUCACUACAGUGGACCUCAAGAGGAAACCAGCAGACCUGCAGAACCUGGCCCCAGGGACACAUCCCCCAUUCAUCACCUUCAACGGAGAUGUGAAGACAGACGUCAACAAGAUAGAAGAGUUCCUGGAAGAUGUGCUCAGCCCUCCCAAGUACAUGAAACUCGCUGCCAGACACCCAGAAUCCAACACUGCUGGGAUGGAUAUCUUUGCCAAGUUUUCUGCCUUCAUCAAGAACUCAAAACCAGAUGCAAACGAAGCCCUGGAGCGGGGUUUACUGAAGACCCUGCAGAAGCUGGAUGAGUACCUGCACUCCCCUCUCCCUGAUGAGAUUGAUGAGAACAGCAUGGAGGAUAUCAAAGUGUCCAGCCGCAAGUUCCUCGACGGAAACGAGAUGACACUGGCUGACUGCAACCUGCUGCCCAAGCUGCACAUCGUCAAGGUGGUGGCAAAGAAGUACCGCGGCUUUGUAAUCCCGAGGGGCAUGACUGCUAUCUGGAAGUACCUGGCCAACGCCUACACCCGAGAGGAGUUCACCAACACCUGCCCGAGCGACACGGAGAUCGAGAUCGCCUACGAAGACGUGACCAAGCUGCUCACCAAGUAACCAGCCCCAGACAAACCCCCAGCAACAACAGGACUGUUCACAGAGCGCGCGUUUCAUUUACAACAUUAUACGUCUUUUCAUUUACAACAAUAAAACUGCAUGAUUAGAUUUUUUACUUUUGCCGUUAAGCGAAGUCACAGAUAAAGUGCAGUAGAGAGUGGGCAAUGCAAUGGUGAAGUAAUAUGGGAGCUGCCAGCUGUUCAGAUGAAGGAAAUACAUUCUGAAGGAAUGUCAUUGUUAUAUCAUUACCAGUUGCUGUUUAUCAUACAGCAUUACCAGAUUUUUUUUAAUGUCUCCACAUGCUAUGUAACUUCACAGCAGUGUUAUCAUACAGUGUGUUACAAAUGAGAUAGGGAGUGGAGAGGUGAUUUUAAGAAUGUUGGAAUUGGAGAGGACUAAUGAAGCAAAGCUGUAGGACCUCCAGCAUGUCUUUUGACAACGAGAAGUUGCGCGCAGCUUUAAAAUAAAUGAUUAAACGGGCGAGGCAGCUCUGGCAGUGUGAGCUUGUGGUACAUAACUAAGCCUACAGGUCUUUUACAUCACUGUAUCAGAAUCUGGAUUAGACAGAUAGGUCUUACUGAAGAGAGCUGUCACAUGAAAAAGCUAAAAGACGUAAAAAAAAUAAAGUUGAGAUCAUUUCAGAAUGCUCGAGGCUUAUAAUUAACAUUGUUGAGAGACUAGAGUCACCUAACAGAAUGUAUAAAAGGGUCCUGAACUGCAAUAUAAUUAUUGAGGGGAGAGGCUGAAAAUACAGCUCUAGUGGCCCACAACAAAUUAUAGAUGUAUUCCCCAAUGUUUCUGAAACCCAACUGACACAAUGAAGUUAAUCACACUGGCAGUAAAGUAUUUCUUCACCUGUAGAAGUGUGGUUCACUUCAACUGAAUGACUUUCUGUGGCACGAAUGUUUUUAGUAUUAUUUUCGAACAUGUAAGGUAUAUCAUUUGGAUGUUUGACUUUGUUUUCUUUACUUUUAAAAAGGUGUUGACACACUGAGACACUAAGAUGUGUGCAUCAAGUUACUCUAAAUAUAUUUGUACAGGUUUUACUGAAUAGUAGUGCAGUGAUUAUCUAAUAGGGAUUUGAUAGUUGGUAUCAAUGCACUCAGUACCGGAACUCUUCAAAUUUGUACUCUUCAUCCAAAAUCUCAAUUGGACUCUUUAUUUUUUAUAAAUUAAAAAUAAAAUCUUUAUUACAUUUUUAUUCUUUUAAUGCAAAAGAAUUGUAAAUAUUUAUCUCUAAAUGUUAUCAUUUUGUACUGCGAUGCUGUCCAUUCAGUUUAUUUGAAGGAAGCAUACUUUCUGUAUGUUUUGGGUUUUUGAAGGGAGCAUGUACAGUGUCCAGUCACCAGUGUUUGCUUGAUUUCUUGAGUAGUUUUCAAUUAAUCAUUGCAUUACUAUCAGUGUAUGUGUAAUACUUUUAGAUGCGGAUUAGGGCCUGCAUUUCAAUCAUAUUGAAAUGAAACUAAAUUACGAUACAACUGCAGAUUUGCAGAAAUCUUUGAAAGUUCUUCAAAAUGAUUUAUGUGAUCGACUGAAAUUGGGACGACUGUUGCCUUCAAAGCACGUUUUACAAUAUCGUUAUCUGCCAAGCCAUGACAAUAUAUUGAAUAUAUUGCUUAAAACACCUGCUACUCUUCCAUUUACCCGACUAGUAACUUGUUCUGCAUUUGCAAAAUGUUUACUUUGUCACAAUUCAUGCAUGUAUUUGUGAAAAUCAAACCCUGCAUUUUAAUUAAAGUACCGUUUGGAAUUCA